AUGAUCUUGUUCUUGCAGAUUUGUGUUUCCUCUGUGGACCCUUUGGCAUUUCCUUCUGCAGUGGAAGCAGGUGCCCAAAUGGUGGAAAUUGGAAAUUAUGAUUCUUUCUACGAGAUGGGAAUUCAGUUUUCCCCUGAACAGAUUCUAAAGCUCACUAGAGAAACUAGAAGGAUUCUUCCAUCCAUUACACUGUCUGUAACCGUGCCACACAUGCUUAGUCUCCCUGAUCAGGUGAAGCUAGCAGAGUUGCUGGAACAGGAAGGUGCUGAUAUAAUCCAAACUGAAGGAGGGAAAUACUCAAGUCCAUCAAAACCUGGUGUCCUUGGUUUGAUCGAGAAGGCCACACCAACGCUAGCAGCUGCAUACUCCAUUUCCCGAGUAGUUCAGAUUCCAGUUCUGUGCUCAUCUGGAUUAAGCGCUGUCACUGCACCUAUGGCUUUAACAGCAGGAGCAGCUGGUGUGUCCAGUGUUUUAUGUGAUGGCGAUGAGAUAAACAGAGCCAUCCUCUGGAAGAGAGGGCGACUCAACAAAGCAAGGGAAUUUGUUGGCGAUGAGUUGAAACAAAUAGUGAAUAAGAUUGUAAAAGCAGUGAUGUUGUUAUUGCAGCCUAACGACAAGACUGUUGCAUAUGGGACAAUUGUCUCUGUUAAUGGACCUGACAACUUUAUUGAUGAUGUGGCCAUGUGGCUUGGCCUGUACACUUGA